AUGUAUUCAAAUCACAAUGUGCAGCGAUUGGCCGAUCAACUUGCACCUUCACGGACGAUACGACCUCCACGUUAUUAUAUGCUCGAUACAGAAAAGCCCAAAUACCAGAAAUAUACCCCACUUAAUCAAUUCAGUCAACUAAGCCAAUUCAACGAGUUCAACCAACUCAACCAGGAUAUCCAAGACAAUCGACUUAGCCAAGAUAUCCAGGACAACAACGAGGGCAGCCAACACGUAGAUCAAUUGUCCGAAUUAACUAAUGCAAUAAGGCAGCUAGAAAGAAGAUUGGCUGCUCGAUUGGAUUCUGUUGAAGCUAGUAUUCUGUAUAAUAAGAUCCCCUCACAUGAACCGACAGAGGCAAGGAAAUACGCGUAUGGUAAUGAGCCUAGAGCAUCUCCUUGUCAAUGCACUUGUGCCCACAAAAAUCCAACUACAUCAUCAAACUCGCACUCUUCACCCAGCUUUACACCCGAAACGGAUGUCCGUCUUCCGACAACUGAACCCGAAGUUCCGGAAAACUUUAUGUCGCGCUCUUCUUCCCCAGUACCAAUCAUCAGAGGGAAUCAUAAACGAAAACAAGUUAAUCCAUGCCUAACAACACGAUUUGUCUCUCCUGAGAGAACGGUUUAUGCACAAGUGGCUCGUCGUAGUUGCCAGUGGAAAAACUGUGAAAAGACAGGAUUGACACUUGUUGAACUGAAAAAUCAUAUUGUGUACGAUCACAUUGAGCCCAAAGGAAUGGCUUAUACUCAUUGUUUUUGGAAAGAAUGUAAUUCUUAUGGAAAGAAUUUUAGUAGGCUAUGUGGGAUUUUGUCACACAUCAGAUAUCACACUGGCGACAUACCUUACAAAUGUCAUAUUCUGAAUUGUAGAAAAGGAUUUUACCGCCGAUUUCACCUUGAGAAGCACCUACCCAUGCAUACCAAGCAAUCCAAAUCAAUAAUAUGCCCACACAGAAAAUGUGGCAUCAUUUUCAAGUUACCCUCCGACUUUGUAUCUCAUAUUGAGAAAGAGCACGAAGACAACUGGGAUGAUCUCCCAGUGAGAAAAAGUAUUUAUCCAAACAAGAGUGAAAAGGAAAAUGAUAGCAGAAGACGAAGAUGA